AAGAGAGAGGGCACAGUAGGCAGCUGAUGUCAGCGAGCGGGGUCCAGCUCAACACCAUGGCACGGGACGGGAGCAGAGAGGAGGACCGGAAGGGGAAUGGAAGUUGCUGUCCGAAUCCAUGACAGAGAUGGUGGACACCACAGCCGAGGACUUGCUGUCUGAAAACACAACAGGACGGGACACGGUUUGUGGGUAAUCUUGGAUGAAGGACAUAUAUAUAUAUAUAUAUAUUUGUAUACAUAUAUAUGCGUUUCCAUGAGAGGACUGCGGUGUGCGUCUCUGUCGUCUCCCCGCAGGAUACAACACAACUAAAGCCGCUGCAGUCAAACCAUUAUCGGGAGCGUUCGGAGCGGAAUCGGAAAGACAGUCGCUCCUAACCUCGGAGUAUCGGAUAGACUUCUCUGCUUCCCUUUUUUUCAGUAUUUGGCGCUCGGCAGCAGGUUAUUAAGUUUCUUUACCCUGAGACAAUGGACUCGUCCCUGCACCCUACAGCGCAGAGUGAGCACAAGAAGGGUACGAGACCUCGCUUCACCAUCCGCCCGGCUAACUCUCCUGCCUACAAUUUAUCUCUGACACGGGGCAGAUCAAGUCUUGGGAGACCUGCGCCUCCGCAGGAGGCGAGAGAUACGGGUCAAACCAGGGGCAUUAUGGAGAGAGUGUGCAGGGAAAAGGAGCAGGGCCCAAACAAAGAUGACAACACGACCACCGGAAACCCGCCCGGGGCCAGAGAUUGCCGUAGUUUCGCCGCUCUGCGUGAGGAGAAGAAAGCGUCAGACCCCAACAUGUCUCACUGGUCAAACCAGAACAGCACAGGAGGUGAAGCAAUGGUGAUGGUGUGCAGCGAUGGUGGAGGUGGGAGCUUUAACCCGGCACCUGUGGUAAUGCGGGGCAGGACCGAAUGGAGGAGUAGGCAAAACCUGCCCGGUAGGAGUAAAAGUUUGGACUGGAGAGAAGGAGCUCCUGGUCCUGAGCGGGACACCGGGGUGGAUUUGCAGGGGCUCUCGACAAACCAGGAAAUGGUCGCACAUAAGCGGGCAGAUAGUCUGGAGAGGAGAGAGAAAUGUAAGGGAUCUGAGAGCAGCGUAAUGUCCAAGGUGAAGGCCUUUAACUCUGCAGGUACGACUAACAAGAGCCCAGGGUAUCAACUCUCAGCUGGACAUACAGAAACGGGGCUGAGGUAUAUGGGUCCGGCUUUGGAGAGAUCUGCCAAGGGUCUCUCUCUUCCCUCCAGGCUGCAGUCUCAGUGUGGACUCAGCUCGGCUUCCGGGUUAAGGGAGACAGCUUCUUCAUGUGGGUCCAAGGCAGGUCGGAAUAUCUGGGAGCGGAUAGAGAAACUCUAUGGGCACACCGGGCCGGGUCAAACUGAGGAUUCCGGCAGAGCUCGGCACCACGUCACCCCCUUUGGGACAGUCCAGGAUCUGUCUGUGGGGGAAGGACAAACCAUGGCGGACACCCAUCACAGAAAAUCAGCCAACCAAUCCUCUUCCUCCCAACCGCCAGCUGGCCAGUGGAGGAGGGUGUCUUACAGGGGGGAAUUGGGGGGAACCUUCCCCAGACAUUUCUCCAAGGUGGAGAAAAACAGCCUGAUUCCCCAGCAAAACAAUAAAACUGAUGCCUGUGCAUCUUCUGAUAGGCCCGAAAACAGCCUAGCGCACCCGGCUAGUUCUGUCAGCUCGGCGUCUCCAGUGCCAGCUCUAACCAGGGACAGAGCAGCUGCAGGAGGGCAGCGGUGUGGAGGAGCGCUGGAACUAGGUGCCAGGUCUCUGGAUGGAUCCAGGGGUAAGCACACUACAGUGGCUGAGAUCGGAUCUGCAAGGAUGGUGGGGGCCAUUGGUGGCGUGCACACACAACCUCAUACUGUCUCGGAGGAAGGAAGUCAAGAAUCUUUCAAAGAUCUAGCCAGACCCAAAGAGACGGGAAUGAGUGGCAGCAAGGAUAGGGAUAGGGAAAACGACGUGGAGGGAAUAAAGCGGGUUAAUGGAAUCAGACGGAGGACAAGGGAGAGAAAUGAAGAUUCUGGGGCAAAAGUGGAAGGGGAUAAAGGCUUAGAAAAGGGGAGAUUGACUAAUGAUUGGCUAAAAGGAGUGCAAACAAAGGGGGAAAAUGGGAUAAAGAGCAGCGGUCUCAUCAAAGAUGUUCUCGAGUCUGGCACACAAAAGAUAAGUUCAAAUACUAGAGAGCAGAAGACCAUUUCAGAGAAGAUGGUUAUUCCCUCCGUGGACAGUGUUAGGAAUAAGAUCAACCGGUUUGAGGCUCUGACCCAGAAGGUCCAAGGCUCAACAAUGUGCAAGUUUACAAUGUCAAGGAGGGCUUUCUCUGUGCCAGAUCAGCUCAGCGGGAUUGGCGAAGGGGUGAAGAAGAGCAGGUCAGAAAGAGCAAUAGGAGGAACGAAGGGGAGCUGUCUAGGGUUGAAAGAGGGAGGCAGUGCAGGUGAUAGAACAGGGGAGGAAGUAAAAGAGUCUAACGUUGUCAAGAGGAACGGGUCAGAAAAAACCAUGUUAGGGACCAGAAGGAACAUAAAUGGGGGGGAAGAAGUGGACAAGUUGAACUCGAGGUCUGCACUGGUGGGCGAGGUAGGGGUAAGAAACGGAAACGACAAGAGAAGAGACCCUGGUUUGGCAGUGAACGAAGCAAAAAAUGAAGUCGAUAGCGGUAACGACCACGCAGACGACUUUGGUAAAUACUGCAGACUCAAGGAUGAACUAGAAAUCCCUCUAAACGGAGGAUCUAAACAACAGAGGCUCAGGAGCUUUUACAUAGAUGAGACUGAUUUCUGCAAAGCCCCAAGCCCUGAAAAGCCGAGUAAAAGAGAUAUUACGAGCGGCGACUCUCCAUCCUCACCGCCGUGCAACGCCGGUGAAAACUCAGACGGUCUGUUGUGUGCUCCCGGUGUUCAGAACACACUGGCCUCUAGACUUCCUUCACCUGUCAGUGAUGAUGACAAGACGCCGACGAACACCCCAGACAGUUCACCCUUUCUCUCACGCCACCCGCUGAUGGAAAACGACGCUGCGGUCGCUGAUGGACCGAGAGAAAGCUCUCCAGUAUUCAGCGACACAGCGCCACCUCCGGGGAGAGACCCCCCACACCUCCUCCUUGGCCCACUCUCAACUUCCUCCCUCAUGGAUAUCACUGCUCCAGAUGGCAUCACCCCUUGCCCAGAAGGGGAGAAACAAGACAAGGACCUGAACACUUGGGUCACCAGCUUGAAGAUCGAGGGUUCUAUGGAUGAUGAUGGUGAUGGUGAUGAUGAUGAUGAAGGCACAGAGAAAGAUGAAGAUUCGAACUAUGACUCUGACUCUGCAGAGUCCUCUGUGACCAUCACCAGCCACAUGAGCCAAACGGAUCACAGGAGCUUCUGUGUCAGUCUGGCGGAGCUGUGUAACUUCGGCGGACUGGACUACGAGUCGGAGAACAACGGUGAUGAGUGGUCAUCGGGGCGGCGGUCGGCCUCCUUGAGCUCCGACAUGUCCGUCCUGUCCUGCGUGUCCAUCCUGCCUAGCGAGGAGCUGGACCGGCUGCUGGAGGACGUCCGAGGCCUGGGGGACAACACUCUGCAGAACUAUGACGACGUGCAGGUAGUAGUACUCCAUAAAGAUGUGGGCAUAGGACUGGGCUUCAGCGUGGCUGGAGGCGUGGACCAGAACAAGCCAGUCACUGUGAGAACUCGCUUCUCAUUCGCCACCGAACAAGUACGAAAGCCCGAUGGUCUGUGCCCGUACUCCCCCCUUUUCUCUCUUCUUCUCCUCCAGGUCCACAGGGUGUUCCCGUCAGGAGUGGCAGCCCAGGAGGGCUCCAUAAGGGAAGGGGACCAUGUCCUGUCAAUCAACGGCACAGCAAUGUGCAGCUCCGCCCACUGGGAGGCCUUGAGGACCUUGAGGAAGGCAAAGACCCUGGCGAUGGCGGUGGUGGUCCUGAGGAGGGUGGGGGUUUGUAGCCUCAGUAAGGGGAGAACGGAGUCGGACGACCAGGGAACGACACAGAGUCUGUCCACGAACACAGGUCACCAUGUGUGUGUGAGGCUCGAGAAGCAAAGCCGGGAUCUGGGCUUCAGCCUGGAGGGAGGCGUUGGCUCCAGUCUGGGGGACCGGCCGCUCAGCAUCCAGAAGAUCUUCCAGGGGGGUCCAGUUGGUUCGGUGUGUCCCGGUGAUGAGCUGCUCGAGAUUCAAGGCGUGAGCAUGAUGGGGAUGAGACGCUUGGAAGCCUGGACUCUGAUCAGAAGACUGCCCCCUGGGCCUGUGGAUGUAGUAUUACACCGGCCGUUGAAACCGCCCCAGACCUGAGGGCGACCCGGGCUCAGGACGGACAAGCGACGGCCAUCUUCCUCUGCUGGGACGGCUCAUAAAGCCCCGCGGUCUUCUGUUGGAGCGCACGUUCUGGCAGUCAAGGUCAAAGAGAUUGUAUGUCUUUUAACCUUACAAUUAUUUAGAGUUUAAACCGCGUCUAAUGUAAGUUUUUAAGGGAGACAUCUACCUCAGUGAAUGGAGCAUUUUUAUUUUAAUAUAUAUUUUUUUUUUACCAGCCAUGUUUGAAAUCUACUGAUGACGUCCAUGUUUGUCAAGGCUAACACCUGCUCAUACUCACAGUUUGGCUGGUUAAAAGCUACGGAUUUGGUACCGGUAUAUUUGAGCCAUAAAGAAUAUUGUUACUUAUUCUGUAAUAUACUGUGAAUAGAAAGUUGUGUCAGAGCUUUUAUAUAGUUUAUGUAACGAGCUUUUUAA